UGAAGACAGGACAUGGCCCCAGGAAACCACUCGCCAGUGACUGAGUUUGUCCUGGCUGGGUUGACGGAGAAGCCAGAGCUGCAGCUGCCCCUCUUCCUCCUCUUCCUGGGGAUCUACGUGGUCACGGCACUGGGGAACCUGGGCAUGAUGGUCCUGGUCGGACUCAGUGCUCCCCUACACACCCCCAUGUACUACUUCCUCAGCAGCCUCUCCUUCAUUGACUUCUGUCAGUCCACCGUCAUCACCCCCAAGAUGCUGGGGAGCUUCGUGACAGAGAAGAACACCAUCUCCUACGCCGAGUGCCUGGCUCAGCUCUACUUCUUCCUUGUUUUUGCUAUCUCAGAGUGCUACAUGCUGGCCGCCAUGGCCUACGACCGCUACGCGGCCAUCUGUAGCCCGUUACUUUACCACAUCGUCAUGUCCAAUCAGGCCUGUGUCUUCCUUGUGCUAGGGGUGCACGUCAUCGGGGUAGUUUGCGCUUCUGCUCAUACAGGCGUCCUGCUGAGGGUUUCCUUCUGCAAAUUUAAUGUUAUCAAUCAUUACUUCUGUGAUCUCAUUUCUGUCCUAAAGCUCUCCUGUUCCAGCAUCUAUGUCAAUGAAAUACUGAUUCUAAUAUUCAGUGGAAUUAAUAUCCUUACCCCCAGCCUCACCAUCCUGGGCUCCUACGUCCUCAUCGUGGCCAGCGUCCUGCACAUCCGCUCCACGCAGGGCAGGGCCAAGGCCUUCGGCACCUGCAGCUCCCACCUCUCGGCUGUCGCUCUCUUCUAUGGCUCUGCUGCCUUCAUGUACCUGAAUCCAUCGUCUGCCAACUCCGUGGACCAGGGGAAAGUGUCUUCCGUGUUCUACACCAUUGUGGUGCCCAUGCUGAAUCCUCUCAUCUACAGCCUGAGGAACAAGGACGUCCACACUGCCCUGCAGAAGAUGCUGGGCAAAAGAAUGUUCCUGUGA